AUGGAUUUUUCUACCACCAUUGCCACUACUCCAACACCACCACCAUCUCUGCCACCACGGAUUCAUUACGACCAUCGUUACUCCACCACCACCACUCCUCCACUUCCAUUACCACAACUGCCAAUACUUCACAACCACUAUCGCCAUUACUCUACUACCGUUGUCACUCCACCACUACUAUCACUACUUAUCUUCCACCACCGCUAUCACCACUCUAUCACUGCCGCCACUAACUCUCUUCCACCAUCAUUACCACCAUUGCUACCGCCACCACUUUACCACCACCACCACCACCAUCACCAUUACACCACUAUUGCUACUACUUCACCACCACCAUUACCACCACUGCCGCUGCUCCACCAUCGCCGCCCCUGCCACGGCAUCACCACCAUUACCACCAUCAUCUCUCCACUACUUCCACCACCACUACCACUACCACUGCCCCACCACUACCAUUACCGUUGUCGCCGCUCCAUUACCACCAUCACUAGCACUCUACCUCCACCGAACCCAUUUAAACCCCUUUAUUGA